AUGGCGCCCAAUUUGGAGAUAAGCCUGUCUGACCCAAAGAGGGUGAUCCAGGUUUACCCCAGUGAGCUCCGCUUCCCCUUUCUGCCAAACACGAUGUUGUCAGCUUCGUCCUCAAUCAAGCUAAUCAACCCCACGGAUAACUAUGUCGUUUUUCUUCCUAUGUGUAUGAGGAACAAUGAGGCAUUGUACACAUCCCGUCCGGACGGUGGAGUAAUCCUGCCACCAAGGUCCACACAGGAAUUUUUUGUAACAAGGGUGGCGAAGAAGUCCGUUGCACAGAGCAUCGAGUGUGAUGACAAGUACCUUCUGUUCAUCACCACUGUGAACGAGAGCUUCAGUAACUCCGAAUAUGGCAGUGAUUUACUCAAAUUUUACAACGAAAAACAGGGUGGUCAAAUAUGGCAUAGGAAAGAGUUGAGCGUCGUUCUUUACCCAGUAGAUCAACAAGAGUCCCCUGACGGUAUGCCACAUACUAAGGAGCUGAUCCAAGUCAACCCCCAUUGGCUCCGCUUUCCAUUUGUUCCAGACGCGAGUAAUUCAGUUAAAUCUUUAAUUAAGGUAGUUAACAAUACAGACGACUACAUCGCUUUCCUUGGAAGGUACACUUCGACCAAUGUGGCAGAAUACACCAUGAGACCCAGCAACGGAAUCCUGCCACCAAGGUGCACACAAAAUCUCGUGGUAAUGAGGACAACAAAGGAGGGGCUUCUACGGAGCACUGAAUGCAAUGAUAUGGUCUUUCUGUUCAGCACCAUUGUGAGCGAGGAUUUCCAAACCAACGAUCUUCCAGAAUUCUAUGAAACAAAGGCCGGAGUUAUAUGGCAUAAGGUGGAGUUGCGCGUUCAUCUUGAAGUCGGCGCCCAGUUGCAGCCUACAGAUUUUAUGCCAGAUACUGAGGUGAGAUCCACAGAUGACCAUAUGGCGUUACAAUAUUUUAAACACAUCACAAACAACUUCUGCACUGAGAGAAUAAUUGGUAGAGGUGGUUUUGGUGUGGUAUAUAAGGGAGUGCUAGGAAAUGGGAAAAUGGUCGCGGUGAAGAAGCUUGUGCAGUCCAUGUCAAGCUCGCAGGAGCAAUUUGAGAAUGAGGUUAAUCUUCUGAUGAAAGUAAAACACCCAAAUAUAGUUCAACUAGUAGGCUACUGUUAUGAAACACAACAUUUACGCAACCAUCACGAAGGAAAAUUCAUUUUUGCCGGGAGCACUGAAUGUUUGCUUUCCUUGGAGUUUUUACCAAAGGGAAGUCUUGAUAAGUACAUUUCAGAUGCAUCCACUGGACUUGACUGGCCCACACGCCUCAAAAUAAUCGAGGGAAUUUCCUAUGGUCUACAGUACCUCCACGAGCAAUCCGAUGGUCCCAUUAUUCACUUGGACCUAAAACCCGGGAACAUAUUGCUUGAUGAAAAUAUGAUACCAAAAAUCACAGACUUUGGUCUGUCAAGACUGUUUGAUCAAAAACAAACUUUUCACACUGUCCUUAUUAGUGGAACACUAGGUUAUAUGCCACCAGAAUACCUACGAGGUACAAUCACACCUAUGUCAGACAUAUUUGGUUUGGGUGUGAUUAUCAUGGAGGUGAUAACGGGGCAUAGGGACUACCCAUAUGAUAUCAAAACAUCUUCCAGCGAAUUCAUCGAACUUGAACUUCAAAAAUGGAGAAAUGUGAUGCAAAAAGAAUCAGGGUAUACAUCGCUCGAAAUAAAUUGCCAACAAAUAACAAGAUGCAUCCAAGUAGGUCUAAUAUGUGUGAAUCCUGAACGGACGAAAAGACCUACAAUGAAGAAAAUUAUUGAUCUGCUUCAAGGUUUGGAAAGUAUGGAUUGGUAUAUUAGCAACGAGGCUUCCUGUGCAGCCGCGAGCGUGCGUCCCCCGCAGACGCCGACGCCGGCGCCAAGCCGCCCUCCCCCUCCCCUCCCUCCCUGCCCGCCACGUCUGCUGCUGGCCUGCUCGGCCCCUCGAGACCGCGCCGUCCAGGGCGCCUCUCCCCUCCUCGGCAGUGCGAGCAGGGGCGAGUGCCCUCCCCCCUCCGGCCUCCGUCCUCUGCCUGAGCUGCCUCGCCGCGCCGCGGAGGGACGCUGGGUCGAGCUCGCUGCUCGCCUGCUAAUCUGCUCCGGUGCUCCUGUUCCUCUCGAGUCCUCAAAAAUUGCAUGUGCUGGACUGAACCUGAAUGAUGCAUUUUGUAACAGAAGAUGA